AUGCGCCUGUCUACCUUACUCGGAGCUCUACUCUCAAUCACUCUACCUUUCGUUGCUGCCAAUCCCCGUAAUGCCCAUGGGAAUAGUCUCGGUCGUCGCCACGAUGAAGUGGCGCGUCGUGCCCGUGGUGAUCUUGCGCGCCGUCAGGCAACUGUCAAUGGUCCUUAUGCAAACUCACGCUUCACCUUCUACGCCGUCGGGUUAGGUUCUUGUGGUAUCACCAACGUUGAGAGUGACUAUAUUGUAGCCUUGAACUCAGCUCAAUACGGCGGUGGCUAUCCAGGACCGAAUUGUUUCCUGUCGAUCACUAUUCAAGUCGGUUCUAUAACGGCCACGGCUACCAUCACCGAUGAGUGCCCCGGCUGCCCGUCCGGUGGAUUGGACAUGUCGCAAGGCUUGUUCGAGCACUUUGCGGACACCAGUGUCGGUGUGCUCACCGGCACCUGGUGGGUCAACGGCGCUGGUUCUAACCCCACCACGUCUUCUCCCCCCGCUUACACGCCGACAACACCCGCCUGGACUCCUGAGCCUUCCCCGACCACCUCCGACACGCCGGUGUGGACACCAAGUACUACCUGGUCUCCUCCCCCUCCCCCUUCCUCGACCACACCGGUGUGGACGCCUCCGAGCAGCUCUUAUACCCCGUGGAGCAGCAGCGUGUCGACCCCGUCGUCGAGCAGCGUAUGGACCCCCAGCAGCUCCACCACUCCCAGCUCCUCCUCCGCCCCUAGCAGCUCUUGGACUCCCAGCAGUUCGGAGGCGUGGAUCGCGAGCAGCUCCUCCGUGGCCCCCGCCGUCGAGACGCCUACGAGCCCAGACACCCUCGAAGCUGUCAACCAGGUGGUCGUCGGCAUGGCGGCGCUCAUGGUCGCCGGCGCCCAGCAGCACCAGCAGUGA